AUGUCUAAAAGAACAGCAGAUUCCGAUGAUUUCGAAAAUCAUCAAAAGACAACGAAAACCGCCACCCAAUCAGUCCCAUCCUCCAAUAAUAUAGAAGAAGAAGCCAACCUCGAUGUCGGUGAAUUCGAAGAUCCAUACGGUGAUGAAUUCGAAAGUGACGGAGAAAUCAUCGAAUUAGAUUCCGCCGAAGAAGAUAUUGAUGAAGACAUGGCUGAUGAUGAAACCGCAGCCACCAAGAAGAUCGAGCAAUUAGAAGCUCAAGAAAAGGCAGCAGAAGAAGAGGAAUCAUCAAUAUAUUUACCACAUAGAUCCCGUCCAUUAGGACCUGAUGAAGUGUUAGAAGCUGAUCCAAGUGUUUAUGAAAUGUUACAUAAUGUGAAUUUACCCUGGCCUUGUUUGACUGUGGAUAUAAUACCCGAUAAUUUGGGAGAUGAGAGAAGAUCAUAUCCUGCUUCUGUAUAUUUAGCUACUGCCACUCAAGCGGCCAAGAAUAGAGAUAAUCAAUUGAUUGCAAUGAAGGCAUCAUCUUUGGCUAAGACAUUAGUCAAAGAUGAAGAUGAAGAUAAUGAAGACGACGAAGAUGAAGAUGAUGAUCUUGAUGUUGAUCCUGUUUUGGAUAGUGAAUCAAUUCCAUUAAAACAUACAACCAAUAGAAUCAGAGUUUCACCCCAUGCUCAAACCACAGGAGAAUAUUUAACCGCCACCAUGUCUGAAAAUGGAGAAUGUUAUAUUUUUGACCUUGCAUCACAAUUCAAAGCAUUUGAUUCUCCAGGAUAUAUGAUCCCUAAAUCAGCCAAAAGACCAAUACAUACAAUCAGAGCCCAUGGGAAUGUUGAAGGAUAUGGAUUAGAUUGGUCCCCUUUGGUGAAUACUGGAGCAUUGUUAACUGGUGAUUUAUCUGGGAGAAUCUAUUUAACUUCAAGAACAACAUCUAGUUGGACAACUGACAAAACACCAUUUUUUGCAUCACAAUCCUCAAUUGAAGAUAUUCAAUGGUCGACUAGUGAGAAUACUGUGUUUGCGACUGCUGGAUGUGAUGGAUAUGUGCGUAUUUGGGACACCAGAUCUAAGAAACAUAAACCGGCUAUUUCGGUCGUUGCUUCAAAUACCGAUGUGAAUGUUAUUAGUUGGUGUAAUAAGAUUAAUCAUUUAUUAGCAUCUGGACAUGAUGAUGGAAGUUGGAGUGUUUGGGAUUUAAGAAAUUUCAAUACUGGUAAUCAACCUACUCCUGUUGCUAAUUAUGAUUUCCAUAAAUCUGCAGUUACCUCAAUAUCUUUUAAUCCUUUGGAUGAAUCAAUAAUUGCGGUUUCUAGUGAAGACAAUACUGUAACAUUAUGGGAUUUGGCAGUUGAAGCUGAUGAUGAAGAGAUUUCUCAACAAAGAAAAGAAUUGAAAGAAUUACAAGAUAUUCCACCCCAAUUGUUGUUUGUUCAUUGGCAAAAGGAUGUUAAGGAUGUUAGAUGGCAUAAACAAAUUCCUGGAUGUUUGGUAUCCACCGGUGGUGAUGGGUUAAACAUUUGGAAGACAAUUUCUGUCUAA